AUGUCUAACGUCUAUGAAGCAAUCAAACUGCUUGAUUCAAUAGAGGAAAGAACGGCUCUACGCACCUUCUUCAUUAACAAUCCAGAAAAAAAAGCUGAAACGGAACUCAUCCUUUCCACCUGUAAUGAUAAUGAAGAGGUAGUUGCUUUAUUGAAAAGUCUCCUAAAGCCUGUUCCCGCUGCCACCGUAAAGGUUUUGACUGGAUCCCCGGAUGAAUUAUAU